AUGUCUACUCCAAAACGGUCUGUCCUCAUCACUGGCUGCUCGGGCGGCGGCAUGGGUAGCGCCCUCGCAAUCGCUUUCCACAAAGCCGGCUUCCAUGUUUAUGCUACAGCACGAAAUUCGUCUAAAAUGACAGAGCUUGUGUCGCUAGGGAUUGAUACUCUCCAGUUGGAUAUACAAUCGGAAUCCUCAAUAGCUGAUUGUGUCAGCAAGGUACCAUCGCUAGACAUUCUGAUCAAUAAUGCUGGACUCCAGUUCCUAAUGCCGAUUGUCGACAUUAACAUCGCCGAGGCAAGAAAGUUGUACGAUUUAAACGUAUGGAGUCAUAUCGCCAUGAUCCAGGCAUUCCUGCCGCUACUGCUCAAGUCCCCCAACGGCGUCAUCGUCAACCAGACAUCGAUCGGGGCUAGCCUUGCGAUACCAUUCCAGGCCGUCUAUAAUUCUUCCAAGGCGGCUCUUGCUAUGCUUACGGACUCCCUCCGGCUCGAGCUUCAACCCUUUGGGAUCAAGGUCGUCGACCUGAGGACUGGGAUCGUCAAGACCAAUUUGAUCAAAAACUUGCAGGAUAACAGCAACCCGAAGCUUCCUAAGGGUUCAAUAUAUGAGCCCGCUAAGGAAGUGGUUGAGAAGGCGCUGCGCCAAGAAGGCUUCGAGGACAAGGGCAUGCCGGCGCAUCAGUGGGCAGAGUUAGUAGUGCGGGACUUACAGAAAAGUAAUCCGCCUGCGGUUAUCUGGAGCGGGGAAUCGGCAUGCUUAGUGCGCACUCAGACGGUGUUGCCAUCUGGGCUGCUCGAUGGUAUGGUUAAGAAAAUGGUCGGGUUGGACGUCGUCGAGCAGAUUGUGAAGAAAUGA